CCGCGGCGCCGACCAUGGAGCCGCCGCCGCCGCCGCAGCCUCCCCAGGAGCAGCCGCCGCGCCCUCGGUCCCACACGGUGACCACCACCAGCAGCUCCUUCACCGCCAACCUGUCCGCCAGCUCCAGCACCCUCGCCUACGACAGGGAGUUCCUGCGGACCCUGCCCGGGCUCCUCAUGGUGGCCGAGAUCGUAUUAGGACUGCUGGUGUGGACGCUGAUUGCUGGAACAGAAUAUUUUUUAUAUCCAGCCUUCGGCUGGGUGAUGUUUGUGGCUGUGUUUUACUGGGUUCUCACUGUCUUCUUUCUGAUCAUCUACAUGACCAUGACCUACACCAGGAUCCCACAGGUGCCAUGGACCACAGUGGGUCUGUGUUUUAAUGGGAGUGCCUUCAUUUUGUACCUCAUUGCUGCCAUUGUAGAUGCAUCUUCAGUUACCAAAGAACUGGACAGUCACAAUUACAACAGUUGGGCAGCUUCUUCAUUCUUUGCCUUCGUGGUUACCUCCUGCUAUGCUGGAAAUACCUAUUUUAGCUUUAUAUCUUGGCGAUCAAGAACUUUGCAGUAAAUAUUUUGUUAAAGUGAAUUCUGUAGUAUGAACUACCUUGGGGAUUACACUCUUUUGAUGAAAGCUUGGAAGAGGGAUCGGAUCUUUUCAAACAUUUCUGUUAGAACUGGCAAUAUAUUUUAACUGAGAUUAAAAUGGGUAUUUAUAAUAUAAUAUAUUUAGUGACACCUAACAUUGACUUUGUACUGUAUAAUAAAAUUUCAUACUGCUUCUUUUAAAAUUAACAUGGUAUUUUUCUAGACAUUGUGUAGAUCUUAUGACUAAACCUUUAAUAAACUUCGCUGAAAUGAUGUGCCAAUUUUGUAAAUGUAACUUUUUAAAUGUGACAGUUGUAUUUUGAUACUGGAUGCUACAAAUCAAAACUAAGAUUGAUAUUGUCUAGUUAUUAUGUAUAAAACGUGACAUUGUGCAGAAGAAGAACCUUAAAAGCUUUAAAAAUAAAUAAAUAAUUGCCCCAACUUUGCAUGUUUUGUAA